AUAAAAGACAUCUUUGAAUUCAAUCACAUUGAUAACUCUCUGUCAGAAUCAGACGUCACUACUCUCAAAGAUUUCUAUAAACAUUAUCAUAAGAAAUACUGGUGUUUUAAGAAAUCAUACAAAAGAUAUAUACUUCUUGAUGAAACACUUACACUUUCUGGAGGAGGAUUAGUGGUGAUAGGAACUAUCACUGGUGGAAUAACACUAAAUCCAAUAAUACUCGGUGUAAUAAAUGGCGCCGGGGUGGUCGUAGCAAGUAUUGCAAAAAUGAAGAAUUAUAAGAAAAAGAUUGAAAUGUCACAAAUUGCAUUUACAACAUAUGAAAAAGUGCUCGUAGAAUUGAGAUCAGCUCUGAGAGGAGAUGAGUUUAACAAACAAGAGUUUAUCGAUCGAAUGAAGUUGAUAGAUGAAAUGAUAAUUGAUCAGACUCCUAUAGCAGAUAGAUUUGUUAAAAAAUAUAAUACAAAGUUUAUGUAA